AUGAAGCCCGUUGUUUCCGCCUUGAACGCCUGGUCCUGUGUCGUUAUCUCCGCAUUCGCAAUGAUCAUCCUCACAGUACUCGGCUCGCUAUACAGCAGCAACAACCACGCAUACACUGGAUCAGAAGGCGAACCCGAAGAUGGACCUGCAGUCGCUGCCUCAAUUUAUACCGCUGUGAUCGUCUAUGCUGUAAGCCACUCCCUCGCCCGUAUCCUGGUCGGAUCGAUCGUUGCACGAGAAAGGAAUCGGUUACUGACCAUUGGCGUUUCUACAUUACAGGGUUUCUUCGUUUUCUGUGGGUUCCAAGCCUAUCUUCACAUGCGCGGCAGCAGGGGAGGCGCUAUAUCACUUCAUUAA